AUGCGAAUAUUAUUAAUACUUAAAUUGAGUAUAUUAUUUUUAUUUGUCAGUGUAAAUUUUAUCACAAUGUUUUCUUAUUUUAAAAAAAUAACUGUAAUGAAAAAUGAGUUAAAGCCUUCUAUAUAUGACUAUAAUGUGAAAUCGCUAGAUGGAACAAAUAUAUCUAUGUCAAAAUAUAAAAACAAAGUUUUGAUUAUUUUUAAUUCCGCAUCAAAAUGUGGCUUAACUAAAAAUCAUAUUAACCAAUUUAAUGAAUUAUAUGAUAAAUUUAAUCAUAAAGGAUUAGAAAUUCUAGGAUUUCCUACAUACCAAUUUUUUAGUCAAGAAUAUAAACAAAGUUGUGAUAUUAGCCAAUUUAAUCAAGAAAAAAAAAUAAAAUAUCAUGUAUUUGCUCCUAUUGAAGUGAAUGGAACCAAUACUCACGAGCUUUUUAAAUAUCUUAAGUUUAACUGUGAUGAGAUGCAUGAUGAAAAUGGUGUAUUAGAUAACAUUGGAUGGAACUUUGGAAAAUUUUUAGUAGAUAGAAAUGGAAAUGUAAUUAAAUAUGUUUCCCCCAAAAUUAGCCCAUCAAAUAUGGAAAAAGAUAUUAUCGAAUUAUUAUAA